UUCCGUGGAAUAUGUUCUCUCUAUGUUUCACGCGGAUUUCAAUCAGCUCGAAAUAUUCAGAAUUCAUAUGUCGUUAUCGAAAUUUGUGGCUAUUUCAAUCCGGUUUCUUUGUCCGAAAUGAGGGAUAGAACGAUGGACCAAGUGAAGUGCAAUCGGAAUUGGAAUUAGAAUCCGAAUAGGGAGGGGUUUUUAUAAUUCAUUGUUUGUUCAAAAGUGGCACUAUGCCUUAUUUGUUGCCUAAGCAAGAAAUGCAGUCAGUGCCUUGGAUAGAUCGGAUGUUGGUGGGCGGGAGAUGCAGGUUUGAUUCUGAGUUGAGAUGAAUCACCAGAGGAGGAACGUUGAAACUGUGAAUGCCUUAGCAAAUGUGAAAGUGACGGUGAGCUCGGGAUCGGGUUGCGGGGCUUGGAGGCUGUUAGUUGGGUCUGGGUCAGGUUAUUGGGCCGGGCUCGUGCCAAAAAAAAAAACAAAAGACGGGAGAAAUUGAUGGUUACAAAAUCCCCAAGUUGGAAUUGAUUUUUGAAACACUACUGGGAAGACACAGUUGGGGAGAAGGAGAUAAGAACAAAUGGAUUUAGGGUUGAAGCGGUUCUUUUUCUUUGUUGUGACAAAGGGACACUGUCCUGGUGUUUAUACUAGUUGGGAAGAGGCUAACGAACAGGUAACUAACUUCAGUUUUCCAGAGUACCAAGGGUUUAAUAGCUAUGAACAUGCUUGUAUGUGCUUCAAGGCAAGAAUGUGUUCGCUGUCAUGGGAGAAAGCUUCGUGUGGUGAAUUCGUUGGCGCAAUUGGUGAAGGAGCCUCCGGACAUAACGACAAUCUAUCGAAUGAAAGGUCACGGCGUGGUGCAGUUGUGUCGUGGCUACCCGUUAUUCCAGAGGAGGAGCUGAAUUUGGACUUUGCUGUUGUGGCCAACAUGGAGGAUUGGUUGGUGAAGAUGUGCCAUGAUGCUCAAAUUCCUAGUCCAUGUUUUUUCAAGCAAGAACGGUUUACAAGAGAGAAAGGGCCAUUUUAUGCGAAACACAUGUUCAAUUCAGCAUGUUAGGCAUCCGUUCUUUUGGUGCCUCCCACCUGCUUUUGCGGAAGACGUCACCAAGGAAUUGCCACUAGAGGAACUCACAGAGACAUACAUUCCAUUUUGGGUGAAACCCAGUCGCUUCCUUAAUCACAUAUUUGUUCCAAUUGAGGACAUUCUGGGGCAUUGGUAUUGUAUGGUGAUUGAUUUCGUAGAUAAAGCUGCCUACCAUUUGGACUCUUAUCCAGAUGCCAAUAUGAUACCCGGCAGGGAACAACUUAUGAAAGACAUUCUCGGGAGAAUCCAUGAUCUGAUGACAUCGCCUGCGUAUGGUCCUCUUAAAGUAAACACACAUAAUAAUCUUAGGGAUUGGCCGAUCCGUAGAGGACAAGGCAUUCCAAAUUGCAACACAAGUGAUAGUUCUGGCGCCUGGGUUAUAUCAUGGUUGGACCCUGAAGGUUGCUUUAAUUCCCUUGACAUUAGUGGAGUGCUUGACGACUUGACCCUGAGAGGCAGGACUGCCGUGUCCGUUGUCGGUGGACCAUUCAAUGCUAUCGGAGGGCUGAUUAGGCUAAGGGCACAACGCUGGCAGAGGGGUGGUUCUACUUGAGCACGCAACCACAAAUUUCAAGGAAGGGACAUCAAUGUAGUGUAGGUUUAGGAUAAAUAAUGUUAAAAAGUUUUUACAUUCCUCAUUCGAGGUCAUGAUAGCUUGUACGCUCAUGACUGGCCUAAGGUAGUGUGGGCUGAAAUAUGCUCCAAGAGCCACUUUGUCUGUUGUAGUUGGCUGAAAUAUGUUUCUAUAGCCACCUUGUCUGUUGUAAGCUGUAAGCAUUUAAUGCAUUUUGUCUCACUAGUUAAAGUUUCAGAACAUGUUCCCUUGUAUUUGUUAUUUUCACUGUGACUAACUUUAUCCUUAUAGUUGGUGAAGUUGACUCUGGAGGGAAUAUCAUUUCUUUUAAAUAUAUUUGCACAGGGUUUGGUGAUGACAUGCAUAAGACAAAAUUUAGAUAUGAAGGACACUUGGGCCACUGUCCA